GACUUGAUGCAAAGGCAGUUUGUACGAAUCCUGCAGUUGCAACUACACUAACUUUACCAGAAGACUUACCUAUUGGUACCAUACUGUAUACUUACUCUGGUAGAGACCCUGAAGGACAUACUUUUUACUACUUAGCAUAUGGAGGUGCAAAGGAACCAUUCUCUUUUUCAGGAAGAAAUCUGUCAUUAAGUUCUGCCCUGGACUUCGAAAAUCUGACAUCUCUUAUAGUGAACAAUAUUGGGGUGCUGGAUGCGUCUGCCGACAAGAGUCAUACUCAUUUUUGUCCAUUACUGACUAUCCAUGUACUUCCUGUCAAUGAAUAUGACCCGGUCCUCACCCCCACGCCUCAGACUGUCACCAUUCCUGAAGGUUCACCCCAGGAUUUGUACGUGGCUGAUGUUGCGUGCAGUGAUCAGGACAAGGAGCCUGUCGGAGGUCCUGACGGAUGUUCUAUAAUAUCUAUUGAGUCUGGAGAUGAUGCUACACAGAAAUUUAAACUGACUUCGAACAUAGUUAAUGAUACAGUUUUAAAUGCUACGAUUUUAACAACUAACAACGUCAUUGAUUACGACACCGGUGACGUCAGAUAUGUACUUUAUGUGAUUGGUGUUGAUAGUUCAACAAGAGAUGCUCGUAGGACCGGAACCAUGACACUUACAAUCAACAUUCAACCUGUUAACGAGUUCACUCCAUCCAUACAAAACCAACCACUCGGAACAAGUAUUCCGGAAGACACACGUGUUGGCACGGAGAUCUUAAAUGUGAAUGCUACAGAUAGUGACGCAGGACCCCAUGGCGAGCUUACGUACAAAAUAAUAGAUGGGAACCUCGAAAACAAGUUUAUGAUAAGCAAGACAACAGGAAAGAUUUAUCUGAGAAAUCUUGUGGACUAUGAAUCAACAACCAAGGCCUACUCCUUCACAAUAGAAGCCAGGGAUGGUGGUGGUUUAUCAUCCACUGCUGUCGUUAACGUCACAAUUACUGACGUCAACGACAACAAACCAGAGUGCUUCCCCAAGGAACACAACAUUACCAUUCCUGAAGAUCAGUCUAUUUUGUCAACGGUGCUAAAUAUAACAUGCACGGACAGGGAUGCAGGGGCAACCUUGACCUAUCAAAUCCUAUCUGGUGACCUCGGACAUUUCCAAAUUUCCUCUGUUGGAGAGCUUAAAGUAUCACAAGCUCUUGGAUUUGACGAUGGUAUUUCAAUAUACUAUAUGAUGUUAGAAAUUUCCGAUGGCAUUCAUUUCACAAAAGUGUGGGUCUUAAUCCAGCUUACAUCAGUAAACGAUUUCAUCCCUGUGCUUGCAAAUAAAAUCGUUACAGUGAAUGAAAAAGCUGUCAUUGGUGACGAGAUAAUUGAAUUCAAAGCAGAUGAUCCAGACGCCCAACCACAUGGUGUGACGUCAUAUCAAAUAUUGAGUGUGAAAAAUGGGAACAUAGAAGAUUUUUACAUUGAGAAAUCAUCAGGAAAGAUAUUCUUGACACAGACAUUGGACUUUGAGAGUGUUCCACAGUAUGAAAUUGUAGUCAAGGCCACAGAUGGUGGUGGGAAGACAGCCACGGGAACAGUGACAGUGAAUGUUAAUAAUGAAAAUGACAACGCUCCGAUCUGUACAACUCCAGUCUCAAUCAUCAGUGUGUCAGAAAACGCUGGUGUGGGUGUAGUGAUUGUAAAGGAUUUCGGAUGUUCAGAUGUAGAUAAUGAUCCCUUGAUCUACACUUUGACUCAAGUUCCAGCAGAUAAUGGGUUUGAAGUACUAACAAAUCAACUCAGAGUAAAAGGUAACCUCGACUAUGAAACAGCUACGUUCUACAGCAUAACAGUAACGGUUUCGGAUGGGUCGUUAUCCACACAGAUAAAAGUGGCAGUUAACAUUUUAAAUGAAAACGAAGAUGCUCCAAGAUUUGUAAACCAAGUGGUUAAUGGUACAUUAAGCGAAGACGAUGUUGUAGGGAAGUCUAUUUCUACGGUUCUUGCAGUGGACCCUGAUAACGAUGAGGUAACCUAUUCAUUUGUUGGUAUACAACCAAACUUUAUGAUUGAUCCAAAGACAGGGAAAAUUACACUUCGGGCUCCCGUAGACAGAGAAAAACAGCCUUCGAUCAAUCUGUUUGUUCUGGCUUCCGAUGGUAAAUUGAGUUCCACAGCCACUGUAUCAGUGACGGUUAUGGACGUGAACGAACCGCCAGAGUUCGGCAGUACUAAUUAUCAGUUUUCUACAGAAGAAAACACUUUGAUUGGAGGUACUGUAGGAACAGUUUCAGCUGCAGAUGCUGACCUGGGAGCAUUGAAUGGACAAGUGGGAUACAAAAUUCUCUCUGGAAAUGAUGAAUCUUACUUCCGAUUAGAAAGCAUUACCGGAGUGCUUACCAUAAAAUCUCCAGUAGAUUAUGAAAAAUUUAAAACAGCGUUAUUGGUGGUUGAAGCUUCAGACUUUGGAUCACCGUCCUUAUCGGGUAUCUGUACUGUCAUUAUUCAAGUUUUGGACAGAAAUGACAAUGCACCAGAGUUUUUAAGCCCUACUUUACAAGAAAAAGUAUCCGAAGAUAUGGCUUUGGGACAGCAGAUUACUCAAGUGUUUGCCUUUGACAAGGAUUCUUCUGCCUCUGGAAACAACAAAGUGAGCUACCGGUCAGCCUCAGUUGUUCCUUUUCAAGUAGAUUCAACGUCAGGAGUUGUGUCUCUUACUGGAAGUCUGGACCGAGAAACAAUAUCAAGGUUUCAAAUGCUUAUCCUGGCCGUUGAUGAAGGUACACCUCAAAUGACGGGGACAUUGGCGCUAGAAAUUAUUUUAAAUGACGUCAACGACAAUGAUCCUGUUAUAACAGGAAGCUAUCUUACUACGGUAUCCGAAAAUGUCCCAGAAAACUUCCUCAUUUUUAAUAUCAAUGCGUCUGAUUUAGACGGAGAGUUAUUUGGAAAGCUUAAAUAUGAAAUUGCUUCCUCUGAGAUGAAGACAGUCUUUAAGAUAGAACCGAAUACAGGUGUAUUACAGGUUGCUUCACCAUUAGACCGAGAAUCAGUUGAUAAAUAUGAGGUAGUUAUAAGAGUGUCAGACAACGGACUUCCCCCCAGGUCGACCUCUGUGACUGCUACCAUUAAUGUAGGAGACGUAAAUGAUAUUACUCCUACUUUCACAGAGAAAUAUUACGAAUUCGUGGUGCAAGAACAUGUUGUUUUGGGCACUUUCUUCGGAAAAAUCACAGCUCUGGAUGACGACAUAGGAACAAACUCCGAGUUGAAACAUAAAAUAGCAACGUAUUGGAAGGGGUCGGUAGGGAAGUUUGGAAUUAAUGAAAUAACGGGAGACAUUUAUACCACAGGAGAGUUAGACCGUGAAACUGAAGAUGAAUACCGUAUACUCUUUAGAGUCCAAGAUGGUGGAACGCCUCCUCUAUCUUCAGAUGUCACGGUUAAGAUUCUAGUUUCAGAUAUUAAUGAUAAUGCACCAGUUUUUAGACGUCCAAAAUAUUCUACAGCCUUUUUUGAAAACCUACCUACUGGAAGUAAAGUUCUCCAAACCGGAGCUAUAGACAAAGACAUUGGAGUUAACGCUGCAAUCAGAUAUGAGCUCGACAUUUCAACAGAAAUUGGCUUAAGAGCUGAUUAUUAUUUUGGAGUUUAUGGAGAAACAGGUGAUAUAUAUUUGAAAAAAAGAGUGGACAGGGAAACGUAUGAAAAAUUCAUUCUGACUAUUUUAGCAAGAGAUAAUGGUAUGCCUUCUUUGUCGACGAAGGUAAAUAUAAGUAUACAAAUUGAAGACGUGAACGAUAAUGAACCAAUAUUUUCUCCAGCGUUCUACAAUACAGAAGCAUCAAUUAUCAAUCUCUGUGAUGAAAUAAUAGCUAGACUCACAGCCUCAGAUGCUGACGUGGGACGCAAUGCUGCCCUUAAUAUUGGACUUGAUCCCAAAGAUUCCAAUUCACCCUUUUCUGUCUCUCCGCUUGGAGUAGUAAAUAGAAAGGCAGAAUUGACCCAGUCAAAAUAUAUCAUACAUGUUUUGGCACACGACAAUGGAAAUCCCGUUCUCAUGUCUUCAGAAAAAGCCACAAUUCGGAUUGACAGAUUCGAUCCAGACGAGGUCGUUGUCACUUUCUAUUUUGAAAUGACUUUUUCAUCCUAUCUUCAAAAAGAAACGAAUUUCCUUCUUCAAUUAGAGGAAGCUCUGCAUUUAAGAUAUUCAACAGCAUAUAUCAAAAGGUGGUGCAUAGAGGACAAAACAUCAUCAUUUCUGAUGGUCCACGUGUAUGCUGUAAAGACAGAUAUUACCAAUGAUGUAAAUAACUUACAUAGGGACAAAGUAUUUCUAACAAACGGCGAAUUUCUAAACGUUCUUCAGCUUGAUUUUGAUGAAAGACCAACUGUGGAUAUUAAUG